CUCUGCUGAUUUCCAACUUGCUACCGAGAAUCUCACUGGCUUCUGGCGACCAGGCUGAAUAUUUAAUAGCAUGUUUGAAUAUCAAUGCAAAACACAACAGACGUAUGAAACUUCUUGUUUGCAUAGUGACUUGAAUGAACAUGUCCCGCAACUAUGAGGAGAAAUUGUGGUGUUUAUUAGGUUUUCCUACCAGUUUGCCUACAGUAUGUUUUAACAAUAAGACAUAGUCUACAACACGACCUUAAUUCGGGCUUUUAUUUUAUUGUAGACAACUGUGAGGUCACGUUGACUCAUUUAAUCUAAAAUCCACGAUAAUUCACAGUAGAACAUUUUUUGGGAAAAGCCAGUUUUCUGCAAAUAGGCCUAUAUGUGAUUAGGCUGCACAUUGUAUCAAUAUUUAGUCAAAGAUGUCAUAACGGUGUAAGGAAUAAUAUCUGAUCAGUCUCUCUUCACUUCGGGCAGAGUAUUAAUUCAUUUAAAAUCAAGUUAGAGCAUGUUAAACAAGGAAAUAUAAAUCAGUCGGACUGUGUUAGAGGAGGACAGCCGGUGUCAGGGCAUAGUUGAGAUGUUCAGGCCGGGCCUGGGGAGGACAGGAGGCGUGGCGUUCUGGGGAAUUAUCUCGAGGUGCGCUUCGCGGACCGAGUUGUGAUUGGUUGGCGCCCCUGGCAAACGGCACGCGACUAUGGAUGUCGCUAUAAAGACACCUCGCGUGCCUGAUCUUCUAGUAAAACUAACUGUUGACCGUGAUCAGUGACCACAGAGCAACGAGUCAAUAAAAGAAAGAACAACGUGUCAUUGUUACCGCAACAACAGGAGACAGAAAGCAGCUAGACAAAGAUGGACAGUGUACUGGACCCUUUCUCCGGACUGGACUCUUUCUCCUCCCCUCCUUACUUCGACGAUGACGAGUUUUUCACUGACCACUCUUCGAGAGAUGGACACUUGGACACGGAUGACUUUUUGGAUGACGACGUCGAUUUCCUCACCAGCCAUUUCCAAGACUAUUACAGCAAAGACGGCGGCAGCAGAGCUGCGCCUCACGAUGGGGACUACGACAUUGGCAACCUGUCUUUCUCUUCCUCGUCCUCCACCUUCUCGUACGGCUGCGCCGACAGCACCCCGGACCUGUCCCCUCAGAUGGGCAGCCUACACGGCGGGCCGUUGCUGAAGCGGAGGCGGCGGAUGAGGUCUGAGAUGGAGAUGCAACAGCUGAGGCAGGCGGCCAACGUCAGGGAGAGGCGAAGGAUGCAGUCAAUCAAUGACGCGUUCGAGGGUCUGCGCUCCCACAUCCCCACCCUGCCCUACGAGAAAAGACUCUCUAAGGUGGACACUCUGCGGCUGGCCAUCGGCUACAUCAACUUCCUCGCCGAGCUCGUGCAGUCGGAUCUGCCUAUCAGGAACUCCAGCAGCGAGACGCACGCGCAGCCCAAGAAAGUCAUUAUCUGUCACAGAGGAACAAGGUCUCCCUCCCCCAGCGACCCAGACUACGGCCUACCUCCUCUGGCCGGUCACUCUUUAUCGUGGUCGGAUGAAAAGCAGCUCCGGGAGCAGAACAUCAUCCGCACGGCCAAGGUCUGGACGCCGGAGGACCCCCGAAAACUGCACAACAAACCGGGCCUGACAGACAUAGAGAACGAGCCUCCUUUCGGCCUCGUGGCCUAAACAGAAAUACCUGAGUCCUUCUGACUUGUCCUGUAAAACGCACAUUGUAAAUGUGAGGAACCAGAUUAUGUUAAUGUUUUUAAUGUGCUGUUGAAGGCGCAUUGUAAAAAUGUGAACACCAUGUGAACUGACUGUACAUUUUCUGAUAUUGUAUUAGUUGUUGUACAUAUUUUUUUUUAUCAUGUUGAUAAUUUUAUUUUUGUA